AUGAGACAAGACUUCGAAAAUUUUAGAACACCUGUAAUCCUACCUCCUGAACAUCCAGUUGUCUCUAAACUGAUUAUGGAAAAACAUGAACAACAAAUGCAUUGCGGAACUCAGACUUUAAUGGCAAUGCUACGAGAAAAUUUCUGGAUUUUGAAAAGUCGUAAAACUAUUCGUAAAGUGUUGAAAAACUGCACUAAAUGUAGAAGAUUUGAUUCGAGGCCCUCCACGGUACAAUCCGCACCUUUGCCAAAGGACCGUGUUAAAGAUUCUUCUAUUUUUGAAGUGACAGGUAUCGACUUAGCUGGCCCUUUGUUUUUAAAAAAUGGAUCGAAAACGUGGAUCGUUUUAUUUACAUGUGCUGUAUACAGGGCAAUUCAUCUUGAACUUUUAACGUCUUUGUCAACAGAUAACUUUUUAUUGGCUUUCCGACGUUUUAUAGCACGCAGAGGAAGACCUGAAAUUGUCUACACUGAUAACGGUAGUAAUUUUGGUACAAAUUCGCUCUUAAAAAUGAUUGACUGA